AUGUCAGCGGGAGCUCGAAGCCGGAAAGAAGAGGAGAGGCGCUUCCUCCAGUGGGAACCGCUGACCCAGGGACACAUAGCGGCGCUGCUGGGGAGGACUGAGGAGGAGGUCGAGGCAGAGUUUGAGGAGAUCCUGGGCCUUAAGAACCAGCAGAGCUGCAUGAAGGAAGCUGCCCUGCUGGACUAUUACGUCUGUGGCUUCUGGUGGGCUAAAGAGGCUGGCCUCACCCCCACACAGACCUCCUUCACCAUGGGUGUACUGCACAUGCUGCUGGACAACAUCAGAGAGAAACAGAUGGGAUUUGUGGAUAACGUGAUGGAGUUUGCCAAAGCCUUAGCAGGCGCUCAGCAGCACUCUGCCCCCAGGGGAGACACCGUCUCACUUCUAGACCGAGAGCAAGCCGCAGCGCUUACAGACUACAUCAGAAGCAGUCUGUUUCAGAAAUACAGACUCUAUGAACUCCUCUUCACCUCGGCCAGAGAAAAACUGCUGAUAGGCAUGGAGAGAACGAUUGAGGUGAUCGGUGGUGAGAACACGUUCACCCCACUGGAGGAGGGCAUGCCAGCUGAACUCUACUAUAACUAUGUGGCCUCGCCUCCUAUCCCUGAACAUGAGGAGAUGGAGCAGGAAGCGUCAGGAGAGCUAGAUGAGAAUGUGGACCAACAGGUGGAGAGGAAGGUGGAGGACACAGAAGAGGAAGGGAAGGCUGGAGAGUAUUCCAUCCAAGAGGUGAAGGAGGUGCUGGCAGAAGUGGCCAAAGACAUGCUGGGGAGCCUCCAGGCCCAAUUCAACGAGAAACUCCGACUUCAAGAGGAGAGCUACACUGCCAGACUAGACUGCCUGAAAAACAGCUCUGCCAAGUAGCUACAACACAUCACGUCUUCAAUCAU